GGGUCCAGUGGUCACUGCUGGACAUGUAGACGACUAACUACUGCCCCUGGCCAUGCUCAACCCUAGGAAGUACGCUCAAGGUUGCUUUUCUUGGGGGCUCUUUCGUACUGUCCUAGCACCUUCAGCCGGGUGGGAGAGGGUCAGUAGCCGGGACUGAGCGCUUUUCUCAUCUCACACCUCCAGUCAUGGACAUCUGCAUGCUCCUAGGGCACUCACCAGUAGUCACCUAGGGCUCUAAUUCAUGAGAUGCAUGGGUCAAAGAGUACUCCCAUGCACCUUGUUGCAUUCUCCAGCACCCUCUGUCUCCACAUCAACCUCAACCACGGUCUGAUUCUACACACAUUAGAAUUAACUGAGGGGCAGCGCAGCCAAUCCCAUCGGCAAGGCCAGGCAUCGCACUGGCAGGUGUAGUGCCAAGUGGAAUUUUUGAAAUCUCAGCGGACAAAAGUGAAACAGUGGAACUGCUAGUUUUUUGUAUGAAAAACAGCACUUUUGAAAGAACCAUGGACCAAGGAGGGGUGCGUAUGAUAGGGCUGCAGGGACGUAGAGGGUACACAGCCCCCAGACUGGGAGAUACACCUGCAGACCCUGAAGGAAUGGCAGGAGCUCAGCUGCUUGGUCGGAAGAAUUCAACACCGCUUGAGAAGGUGGUGGUUGUAGGGCGGGAUAGUGUUCGCCAGCUGACUUGUCGCAGUGCCCACUCAUGUCCCCCCGCAGUGGUACUCAGAGCCCACUUGGAUGCUGUAAGGCACGCUGCUCAUGAGGUAAGCGAGGAUACCCAGCUGCAGAAAGUGGAGGAGGCUCAGCAGGCAGCACUGGCGGUCCUGAGAGACAGAGAGGAACGUCAGCACCACCACCACCAGAUGGAGGCCCGCCACCGCCGCAGGAGGCACCAGGAGGAAAUGAGGAGGCUGGAGGAUGAAUCAUCAGGAAAAAUGACAAACCAAAACAAGAAAGAGGAAAGUGAGACACUUCCACAAGAGAAUCUAGAAGGAGAGGAAGAGGUGAAGGCAAUGAGAAAACUAGUUUUGGCUGCCAAGUGCCAUGCCAUCAGAGAAGCACAGAUAAUAGAAAAGAGGCACAUCAGUAAACUAGAGAAGGAGGAGGAAGAGCGCCAAGUAAGGAUGAUGGAAGAAGCACGAAUUAAUGGUCUGAAGAAGGAGGAAGACAGAGAGAUGAGGCGGCGCGAGGUAAACUUUUUGGCAGCACAGGCAUUGAACAAGCAAAUUGAAGAGCAGCAGGUCCUCCGGGAGCACAAGUUCAUUGAAAAGAGAAAAGAGGCAGAAAGGUUGACAAGAGAAGCAGAGAAAUUUAAAAUGGAAAAGGAUCUGGAAGAAAGAAAGGAAAAACAAAAGAAAAAGGAAGAAGGAGAAGAGGUAAGGAAGAUGCGACUGCAAGCUGAAAUUCGAAAGGAGGAAAUGCUGAAAAAUAGCAAGCUGCAGGAUGUCAGAAUGAUGGUAGAGAUCAAGAAAAAGGAGAAGAAAGAGCAAGAAAGGAUGCAGCAAGAAUUAGCUGUCAAAAAAGUAAAAGAUGAUCUCCAGAUAAUGUGGCUCAGGGACCAGGAACGCCAGCUGGAGGAACAGAAACAGAGAGAGGAAAUCAAGAAAAUCCGAGAACAGGAAAAGAUGGAGCGAGAAUGGCGUCGGAAAGAACUACGGGAAGCAACAAGCAAGGCUCGCCGAGAUGCAGAAGUCUCUCAAGAAAGGCGUCAGCAGGUUGAAGAGCGGAGGAAAGCUCGCAUGGCAGCAGCACUAAAGAGAAAGGAAGAAAUGCUGAGAGUCACAGACCACUGGAUGAUUACUGAGGAAAGAGAGAGACUCCAGGAGGAACAUGCAAAGCAGUCCAAGGUCAACUAUGAAUCAAGAAUACGUGCUCAAAUAGAAGACCAGGAGGCCAGAAGAGCCAAGGAGGCAGAAAAACUUCACCAAGAGAAAGAGGAGGAGGAUUUGAAAAUGAAAAUGAAACAAGCUGCUCUCACCAAGCUGAAAUUGAAUACUAUACAAGAACUUCGGAAAAUGGCUCUCCCUGAGAAACUCAUUGAGGACCUGGAGAAAAAACUUGAUCUCAGGAAGACCAAGAAAGCCCAGAACAAACUCUAACACAUGGUGUUAAAUUUCAAAACUACUGACCUACUAUACACAUUACAGGAUCCAGAACUGAUGCUCUUGGCCUUGCAGCAAGUUGUACCCAACAUACUUGCUGUUCAUGGUAAUGGUGAUAUUCACAUGUUGAGGGUGAAGUCAUUGAAACACUUUGAAAACUAACAAGUUUAUUUACAAAUCUGUCAGUUUUACUGGUGAUAAAAGAAAGAAUGGAGAAGGUUGCUGUCAAAUUUUUAAGGUUAACAUUGUUCUUACUAUAAAUAAAUAAAAAAAAAAAAAAAAAAAAAA